AUGUCUUCGUUGAAAUACCUUUUCAGCAUCUUGCUCCUCGUCCAUCUCGUCACCAACCUCGACGCCUACCCCCUCCUCCAGCACAACAACCCCCACCACUUCACCAACAACGUGCAGCGGUGCAUCGACAUUCCCAACAACAUGACCCUUUGUAGGAACGUCGGGUACACCACCAUGCAGAUCCCCAACCUCAUGGGAGAUUUUGCCCUCUCAGAAAUAAUCGAACAAUCGUCCCACUGGAUCCAACUGGCCAACACGAAGUGCCACAAACACGUCAGCAUCUUCCUCUGCUCCAUGUUCGCCCCCGUCUGCGUGGAUGCCACGGUCUACCCUUGCAAGUCCCUCUGCGAAAAGGUGAAGGACAGCUGCGAGCCGACCAUGCUGAGACACGGGUUUGCCUGGCCCGACAUGUUCGACUGCAACAAGCUGCCUCUCGACCACCACAUGUGUCUCAGUGUCGACAGGAACGAUGCACAUGAUGCAGAUGGUGAUGGUUUCGAUAGACCACUGGACAGCAACAACAACAUGAACAGCAACCACAACUAUGACGGCCGUGCUGACGAUGGUAACAUCAUGCACCAGGGAAACAGAAAUAAAAAUAAACUGAAGAAAGGAAGGCACGGCGACAACAGUGACGAUGCGGUCGGCAAACAACAACAUCAACAACAACAACAACAUCAACAACAACAACAACAUCAUCAACGACACAACCAACAGCACAAGAACAAUGCUGGUAACUCGAAGAGCAACAAGAUGAACAACAUCAUGAAGGAAAAAGAAAAGCGAAAUGAACUGAAGAAUCUCCUAUGCAGAGCUGACUUUGUCGCGACCUUGUCCCCGACGAAGGUGAAGGUCAUCGGCAGAGGGGUGUCCAGGAUCAGCUCGAACAACGUCAACUUCCUCAAACAACUACCAACAACUGACCACGACAACAACAACAACAGCAACAAGAAAAAUGUUGUGUACCACUUCUUCGCUGAGAAUGAUGUUCUGAAUGAGAGCCAUCGUGAGAAUGGUCAUGUUGACGAGAAGGAAGAUAACGAUGGAGACAGUGAAGAUUUUGAUGUAGAAGGUUAUGCCAGCAACCAGAAGAUAAGGAACAACAACAAUUAUGAUCUGAACGUACUGCUAGCAACCGUUUCUCCAAAACAGAGCAACAAAAAUAAGAAGAACAAUAAGAGCGACCAGAAGCUGCUGGUGGUUGGUCGCGUCGUUGACUACGACAACGACAACAAGUAUAUUGUUGGCAACAACAUGCGCAACAACAAAAAUGUUGAGAAACUUGUUUUGUCGUCCGUUAUGAAGUACGACAAGGAAAGCCACAGCGUGAAAAUGUUGUUGAAAAUGUUGAAGAGGAGCGUCGAUAGUAGCAGCUGCGCGAGCGUUGUGGCCAGCAGACGUCCCAAAAAGAACAACCACAACAACAGAAACCAACAAGCAGCAAACAAAAUAAACAGGAAGAAGCCCGCGAAGCAGCCACAAAAUAUUGAUAGCAUCAAUUAUUACGACCAACUCUUCAAUAAGAACAACGUCAUCAACAGCGUUCCAUCUACCACCACCACCACCACUGCUACAACGAGCACCCCUACUACAACCACCACAACUACUACGCCACCCCCAACAACGACCACCUCCCAUGAACCGAUUUCCAGAUCCAGAAAAAUGAAGCAUAGAAACAACAGCAACAACGUACGAAGGAGACCAAAGAAUAGAAAAGAUAUGGAACAGCAGGGCAGUUUCAACGAAAAUGAAUAA